UUCUACUUCUACUUCUACUUCUACUUCUACUUCUACUCCAAGUGUUCUCGUACAACCGAUCUCGUCGUCGUUCGUUAUCGACGAUUCUAGCUCGUUCCGAGCACGAAAGUUCGCGUUACUCCUCGACGCCGGCGUCGAGAUCGUCGCGGCAACGACGACGACGACGACAACAACGACGACGAGCGUGACGGACAACAACAACGACGACGACGUCGCCGUCGCCGGCGCGGAUAACGUCGGUGUGGACUCGUGGAGGACGAACAAGACGAAAACGAAAACGAAAAAGACAAAGACAGAGACAAAGACGACAACGUGGACGAGCAGUCGGGGGAUAUGUGUGGGUGCGCCACGUCGACGCGGCGAGGACUGGGGACUGCUGCGGGUAAAUCGGCACCACGGGCCACGAACUUGUCGUGUUCGAAGCCACGUAGAACGCCCGGGCUACGGUAGCUCGUCGUCCUUCGGCGUUAUUCCUCACCGACGCCCGCGGGCAAUGUGCCCACCCGACGAGAUAACUACGGGUGGACAAGGCGUACGAUGCUUAGGGAUGCUUGGACGAACGACGGUGGGAAAGGCUGGUGGCGAUGUUGGUCCAGGUUGGGCGGAUUGCUGGCGAUGGCGACAGCCAUUUCCUGUCUCGUUGUCUCGUUUCCGGGCGCCUCGGCCAAUCCGGAAGCGAAGCGUCUUUACGAUGACCUGCUGUCGAACUACAACCGCCUCAUCCGCCCCGUUGGCAACAACAGCGAUCGCCUCACUGUCAAAAUGGGACUACGCCUCUCCCAGCUCAUCGACGUUAACUUGAAGAAUCAGAUCAUGACAACAAACGUUUGGGUGGAACAAGAGUGGAACGAUCACAAGCUGAGGUGGAAUCCGGACGAUUAUGGCGGUGUCGAGACCCUUCAUGUACCAUCGGAACACAUAUGGCUGCCUGACAUUGUACUUUACAAUAACGCCGAUGGAAACUACGAGGUAACCAUUAUGACCAAGGCGAUCUUGCACCAUUCGGGAAAGGUCCUGUGGAAGCCACCGGCGAUCUAUAAAUCAUUUUGCGAGAUCAACGUGGAGUAUUUCCCCUUCGACGAGCAGACCUGCUUCAUGAAGUUUGGCUCGUGGACUUACGACGGAUAUACGGUCGACCUGCGGCAUCUCGCUCAGACCGAAGAUUCGAAUCGAAUCGAUAUGGGUAUCGAUUUGACAGAUUAUUACAUCUCCGUCGAGUGGGACAUAAUAAAAGUGCCUGCCACGAGGAACGAGGCGUUCUAUAUUUGCUGCGAGGAACCGUAUCCCGACAUAGUGUUCAACAUCACCCUACGCCGCAAGACCCUCUUCUACACGGUAAACCUGAUAAUACCGUGCGUGGGCAUAUCCUUCCUCUCGGUGUUGGUGUUUUACCUUCCGAGUGACAGCGGCGAAAAGGUCUCCUUGUCGAUCUCGAUACUCCUCUCGUUGACGGUGUUUUUCCUCCUGCUCGCUGAGAUAAUACCGCCCACGUCGUUGACAGUGCCGUUGCUCGGCAAGUAUUUGUUGUUUACGAUGGUGCUUGUUACGCUUUCGGUCGUAGUGACGAUCGCGGUGUUGAAUGUGAACUUUCGGUCACCGGUGACUCACCGUAUGGCGAAGUGGGUACGGAUCGUGUUCAUUCAGGUGCUCCCGCCAUUCCUCCUCAUCAAAAGACCAGACAAAAACGGAGACAAUGAAAAUGAGGAUGAUAUUAACGGGUUCGACGGUGGUGCUAACAGUGUUGGUACCGGUGUUGGUGAUAAUGGUGGUAGAAACGGUGGUGGCGCCGGUAGCUCCCAUCAUCAUCGACUUCAUCGUAUUCACAACGGGCACGAGCUCGACGACGAGCUCGACGAUGUCGUCGACGUGGGCGACGUCGAAGCACCGAACAGGAAACCGCCCGAGGCUAUCCUCACCGAUGUGUUCCAUGUACAAGAGACUGAUAAAUACAAGCCGUAUAGCGGUAAGAGGUUCAGCGGCGAAUACGAGGUACCUGGAUCACAUGGUCCACUGGCACACCUCAUCGUCGGCCAUCAUCAUCAUCAUGGCGGUGUUGCUGGCGGUCCUGGCCUUCCACCACCAAGCUCCUUACCGACCACUGGCCCACCUCCGCCGCCAUCACUGAGCAAGCCACCGAGCUUUCAUCACGAACAUGUUGCCCCAUAUUUCGAGGAACCACUGCCCUCCUUGCCUCUGCCUGGUGCCGACGACGAUUUUUUUGGACCGACUAGUUCUGGUUAUGCACACGAGGACAUCAGUCCCACCUUCGAGAAGCCGUUGGUACGCCAAAUCGAAAAAACCAUACAUGACGCCCGAUUCAUCGCACAGCAUGCCAAGAACAAGGAAAAUUUUGAGAGCGUCGAAGAGGAUUGGAAGUACGUUGCGAUGGUGCUUGAUCGGAUCUUCCUAUGGAUCUUCACGUUCGCUUGCGUAUUCGGUACGGCGCUGAUAAUCCUCCAAGCUCCGAACCUUUACGACACGACGAAGCCGAUCGACAUAAAGUAUAGCAAGAUCGCGAAGAAGAAGAUGAUGUUGAUGAAUAUGGGCCCGGAGGAAGAAUAGUUGACGAUAAAACGCGGCCAAUGGUCGCCGUGUCAUUGGCGCGAUUGUCGACGUCAUCGCCGUCAUCAUAAUCAUCGUCAUCGUCAUCGUCAUCGUCAUCACCGGCUUUGCUGGCGCCGACUUCAUCGUCGGUAUCGUCAUCAUCGUCAUCGUCGGCGUCGCCGACGUCGACGACGACAUUGUUGUUCGUCGUCGUCAUCGUCGUCCUCGUCGUCCUCGCUGUCGUCAUCCAUCGAAACUGCCGAUUUUCGCGUCAAUGAGGAGAAGGACGCGACUCUUCUCUCUCGUCCACCGCUCCGCUUUUCUUCCAUCGCUGCCCUGUGCCCGUCGUUUCCUUUUCGGCCUCGUCCUGGAACGAGACUAGAUAAAGUGACGAGAUAAAGUGAAUGUAUGUAAGAAAGAUAGAUAAGUGUAUGUAGAGAGAGGGAGAGAAAGAGAGAGAGA